AUGUUCCUCGCUCGCAUCGCUCUGACCACUUUGGUCAUGUGGUCGUCCAUAUCCAUGACGUCAGCUUCUGAUGUCGGACUCAACUAUAUGGGAGAGAGUGGCGUGGUUCCAGCUCUCAAUGCGGGUAUAUUGGGGUUGGAGGAUCUCAUUUCCAAGGCCCGUGGUGCACAGCCUGUGAUGAACCUUCACGAAGCAAUGCUUCUUAUAUCUAGCUGCAACGAUGUUUCGAUAUCUAUAGCUACAGGAAUGAACACCUUUGAUAUGGGUCCUGAGGCUCAACUGAUAGAUAUUGGCGGAAGCAAUAUCAGCCUCGAAGAGCUCGGUGAGAAAUACGCGGCGUACCAGAAGAGUCUGGUACACUGUAUGUCACUCGUAAAAGAUACGCAGAAUGUUAAAGUUGGAGAUGUAAUGCAAGAAAUAGCUCUACAUGCGACCACUACACAUGAUGCUUUACAAAGGAUCUACCCCCAAAUGACCAACAUGCCCACUGCUGUUGAUACUGCCAAGUACUACCAGGGUUUAAUGAGCACAAUAUUGGCUCUCUGCUUGGUUCUAUUGAUUCUGAUUGAUUUACUUUGCUCCAAGUGUAUUUAUGCAACAACACCGCAUUGUUAUAUCUAG